GUAGUUCAGAACUCAGCUAGCGCAGGCGCACUUCUCGGUGGGUCUUGCUUUCAUCCCUUUGUUUUCAGAGUAACUCGGAGGGAGCUGGACAUUGGAGGGCGAGUAGCAGCCCUUGAUGGAGUCCACAGAUGCCCAGUCUGGAGCCCCUGAGCCCCUGCUUUGUAGGAAGGUAAAGGUGUUGGGGGACAAGCUUGAGGAUGCAAGAGUCCAUCCUAGGAUGAAACAGACCUUCCACCGGAGCUUCUGUGCAGAGACAGAUGAGAAGGAGCUGCUGAGGCCUCAGUAGUUCAGCCACUCGGGCUGAGGACGCCCAACUUGGGAAAACUCAUCUGGGAGGUUCCAACUAUGGAGAGCUUGGGCCUUGUGCUUCAGGAGAGAGUUCUGUCUUCUCAAGACUCUGCCCUUCCCCAAGAAAGAAUUACAGAGGAAGAAGGAAUGGCUUCCAGGUCCCUGAUGGCCAAGUCCCAGGUGUCAUUGACGUUCCAAGACGUGGCCGUGAACUUCUCCCAGGAGGAAUGGGGGCUGUUGGAGCCAGCUCAGAAGGACAUGUACAGGGAUGUGAUGCUGGAGAACUAUGAGAACUUCGUCUCCCUUGGUCUUCCCGUUUCCAAACCCAACACAAUCUCCCAGUUAGAGAGGAAAGAAGCACCAUGGACUGUGGAGGGAAAAGUCCCACCGAGCACUUACCUGGGUUCUCUUGCUCAGAAGAUGAGAUGCAGAAUCACUGAGUCAGCUUUAAAGCAGUGUAUUUCUACAGGAGAGUCAUCCAGCAAGAGACUUAUAAAGAAUGGUCCCCAGGAUUCUAAAUUGGCAGAAAUUUGGAAUUAUGGUAUCAGGUUAGAGAGGCAGAAAGGCAACCAAAAGAGACAGUGCAGGCAAGUAACAGUCACUCACAGAAAAGCUUCAAAUGAACCAAGUAUUCAUGAAGGUAAUACUUGGUGGAGAAAGCUCAGUGUCGGGUCCAUUUUUGAUACACAACAGAGGGUUUCUGUAGGAAAAUGUCCCUAUAAAUAUGAUAUGCUUGGAAAGAACUUUAAACAAUUUUCAGACCUAAUUAAACAUAAUAGAAUCUCCUUGGGCAAGAAAAUGUCUAAGUAUAAUAAAUGCAGAAAGCCCUUCAGCUACCACUCAAACCUUAUUUAUUACCAUAGAAUACAUACUCAAGGGAAAGCAUGUAAAUGUAACGAAUGUGGCAAAGCCUCCAACAUUAACUCAUGCCUUAGUGCAAGCCAAAGAAUUCACAUUGCAGAGAAACCCUACAAAUGUAAAGAAUGUGGGAAAGCCUUCAGUCGAAAGGGAAACCUUAAAAUACAUAAGCUUAUUCAUACCAGAGAGAAACCAUUGGAAUAUGGAAAAGCCUUCAGGAAUAACCAGUACCUAAUUCAACAGCAAACAAAUCAUACUGCAGAGAAAUACUUUGAAUGUAAUGAGUGUGGGAAAGGCUUCAGGAAAAGCUCAUCCCUUAUACAACAUCAAAGAAUUCAUACUGGAGAGAAACCAUUUGAAUGCAAUGAAUGUGGGAAAGCCUUCAGCCAGAAGGGAAGCCUUAAUGCACACCAGAGAAUUCACACUGGAGAGAAACCCUAUAAAUGUAAAGAAUGUGGGCAAGCCUUCAACUGGAUGGGAAACCUGAAUACACACAAGAAAAUUCAUACUGGAGAGAAACCCUAUAUAUGCAAUGAAUGUGGGAAAGUCUUUAGCAGGAAGGGGAGCCUUAUUGCUCAUACCAGAAUUCAUACUGGAGAAAAACCUUUUCAGUGUAAUGAAUGUGGAAUAUCUUUCAAAUGGCGUAGAUACCUGAAGGAACAUAAGAAAAUUCAUACAGGUGAGAAACACCUUGAAUGUAACCAAUGUGGGAAAGGUUUGAGGAAGACUUCAUCCCUCAUGCAACAUCAAAGAAUUCAUAAUGGAGAAAAACCUUAUAAGUGUAAUGAAUGUGGAAACUCUUUCAACCGAAAGGAACAUCUUAAAACACAUAAAAUAAUUCAUACUGGAGAGAAACCAUUUGAAUGCAAUGAAUGUGGGAAAGCCUUUAACCAGAAGGGAAGCCUUAAUAUACAUCAAAGAAUUCAUACUGGAGAGAAACCAUAUAAGUGUAAAGAGUGUGGGAAAGCCUUCAGAUGGAAGGGAAACCUUAAUACACAUGAGAAGACUCAUACUGGAGUAAAACCCUAUAAAUGUAAUGAAUGUGGGAAAUCCUUCAGCCGGAAGGGAAACCUUAAUGCACAUAACAGAAUUCAUACUGGAGAGAAACCUUUCCAGUGUAAUGAAUGUGGGAUAGCUUUUAAAUGACCUGCAUUCCUUGCUGACCAUAAUACAAUUUGUACUGGAGAGAAACCCUUUGAAUAUAAUGUGUUUGGGAAAGCUUUCAGAGGAAUACCUUGUAGAUCAUCAAAUAACUGUUUCUGAGGAGAAUCUCCAUAAAUGUCAUGAAUAUAGUUCAUUCUUCAUCAGAGACUUCAUGUUAGAGGUGAAUUGUGGGGUUGGUAUAAUGGGGAGAUGUCAUAAAUUCAUCAUUUAUUAAAUACUGAAUAGUCAAGGUGUUAGGUUUUUUUCCACCAACUACAUCAUUAUUGUUUCUUUGAGAGUGGAAAAUGACACUAUCCUUUCUAUUCCUCUUGUUUAUAUCUAUUAAAUAUAAUUUGGUACAAUUGAAGUUACAUUGUAUUAUGGACUUGAGAUUAAAUCAAAGAUGGUCCUUGACAUAUCACAUGGGGUCAAAAGGAAGGAAAAAAUCUGACACAUAAUUACAACAAAACAAUGUACGAGGUUUAUAUGAGAAUGUUGUAUGAGAUAUAUAGUAAGAAGUUUGUGAAUUCCAAGCAGGGAAAGAUAAUAUCUAGUAAGGGAUAGGGGUAGGGAAAAUCAAAGAAGUUUUCAUGGAGGAGAGGCUAUUUGAUACAGUGAUAUAAAGAAACAGUGGAGACAAACCGCUGAAUGGGAGAUAAUGUGAAUUAGAGGAUUUGUCAGGAAAUUCAGAUUCAAUAACAAUACAUUAAGAUAUCCAAACUUUAAAAAAAACAGUAGGAUUUUAUUAGACAUAGAUGGCAAUGGGAAGGAUAUUAUAGGCUUAGAGAAACCAUGGGCAAAUUUUUGGAGGCUGGACAGAAUGGUGCCAUGGAGAAACUUAGUGAAUAAUCUAGUUUGGCUGGAAAAUAGCACAUGUAUGAAAAGCAAUUAGAAUGUAGAAGACAACACUAAACCUGGUGUCAGGUACUGGGCUCCAAUCCUAGACCUACUAUUUACUAUCUAUCCAUGUGACUUUGGGCAAGUCAUUUAACCUUUCUCAGUUAAAAUGAAAAUUAGAAAAUGUCACAGGGAAAUUGGUGGUAUGGGGGUUCUUAAGUAUUCCUCUUUAAAGAAUUAUACCCCAGAGGGUAGCUAGGUGGCACAGUGGAUAAAGCACCAG